AUGUUGUUUAUAACUUUGGUGAGUCUCUUUGGAUUUAUUUUAAUAACUAAAACUUCUGAUCUACAAAAAUAUGUUGAUCUAAUUGAUAUUAAUAAUGAUGGAAAAUUAUUUAGUGAUGAAAUUCUUCUAUUUUUUAAUAAAUUCUAUGAAGAAAAACAAGAUCAAUUAUCCAUAUCAUCAUUAAGUUCAAUUAAAAAACAAAAAGAUAUUCUACAUAAUGUUAUUAAACGAUAUAAUUACAAUUCUUCAGCUAAUUAUCUAACUCUCCUUGAUCUCAAACAAUUAUUUUUUGAUUUAUAUAGUUUACAAAAUCAAAUACCAACAUUUUUAUUCAAUAAUUUAGAACCUGAACAAGUACAUUUAUCUUAUACACAUGAUGUUUUUACUGAAAUGUAUAUUUCAUUUGUUACACGUAAGCGACCAUCAUCAAAUCUACGUCCAAUAGUAAAAUAUUGUGACCAUGAAUGUAUUGCUAUUGGUGAUACAACAACAUAUAAUGUAGAUAAUUGGCAUUAUUGGAUUCAUUUUAUCUAUAUAAAAGGUUUAGAACCAGGUGUUAAAUAUAAUUAUAAACUUGGUUUUAUUGAUUCGGAUAAUGUUACAAUUAAACAUUUAUAUUCAAAUGAAAUAUGGACAUUUAAAACAAUGGCUCAAAUUG